AUGACUAGUAUGGAAUUCCCUAAAGGUUUCUUUUACAUUAAGUCUGCUGACUCACCUUCGGGUGCUUCCACGUCUUCCCCUGCCUCCCAAAAUUUGGUAGUGGACGUUGAACGCGGUUUUUUUGUGUCUUGGGGUGCAAUUAAAGACGGUUCAAAAACUGUUGUUGCUCUACAAAAAAGUGACGCUGACCACGACCCAUAUCAACUUUGGAAGUAUGAAGACGGUUGGCUCGUUAAUAAACAAACUUCUCUAUGUUUAGAAGCUGAGAAUGGAAAAGUUGGAAACCGUCUCAUCCUUCACCAUCGAAAGAGUCCUAAUCAAGCUGCAAAUCAACGAUGGAACAUAAACAAGGAUGGACAUAUUGCCUUACAAAGCCAUCCUAAACACGUUAUCGACGUUAAAGGUUCCGUGAAAGAAGGUGCAACUAUCUUGCUCGCCGACAGUGGUUCUAAAUCUUUUGGCAAGUCUAAUCAUGCUAAGUGGACAGUGAUCGCUUUAUCAAAGAAGAAAAGUCGUAGCGGAGGUGCUAUCGGUGUCAUUAGAUUGGAAUUAGUGGGAGCAAAGGAUCUUAAAAGCGUUGACUCUUUCCUCGCAGGAGGAAAAUCCGAUCCUUAUGUUCGAGUUUUUCACCAAGGUGGUAAAGAUGUUAUCGCUCAAACCAAAGUCAUCGAUAAUAAUUUGGAUCCUGAAUGGAACGAAGUUCACUAUUUACCAGUAAAGAAUAUUGGUGAUAAGUUCAUCUUGGAAGUGAUGGAUUUCAAUACCUUCACCAAGGACAAAACGCUUGGUCAAUGUGUUUUCGAAGUUACUAGAGAAGUAGUUAAAGAAGUUGGAGAUGACUUAUAUGAAGGAACAGCAGCGGGUAUUGAUACUUGGGUUAAACUUUCAAUCAAAGGACAAAUUCACUACAAAGCAAAAUUCUUCCCGUUAACUCCUUUGCCGGAACCAUCGACAGAUUUUCUUGCAAAUCUUAAAGAAAAACCCUUUGAUCGAUCAACACUUUUCACACUUAUCACGUUGCAGUCACCAGAUGGUAGCUUCGCUCCUUCUAACACCUUAGCCAAUUUAUUUGGUUAUCCCGAUUCGGAAGCCAUGUUUAGUUUAUAUAGAGCCAAUUGUCAUGAAGAGAGAGUCUUGGAAAUUAACAAAACGAUCUGGACCACUAGUAUGGUUUUAUGGUUCUUGAGAUAUUUAUUAAAAGACUUUCGAAAUGAAUGGAGCGGCGUUUAUGAACGUGCAGAACAAUAUAUCAGUAAAGAGAUUAGUGGUGACUUGGAAAUCGAAGAGAUUGUUAUUGCCUCUGGAAGAAAAGCCGUCCGUGAAAGAUUUGACAUUAAGACCAGUGAUCCACAAAAAACGGUUAUUACACGAGAAAGUAUCAAGUCAACACACAUUCAUCGAAUCAUGAAAUUUCAACUUAAAACUAAUGGUGCAUUCCAAAUCAAUAAUGAACUUGCGAAGUCCCUUUCAUUUGAUAAUGCUGAUCAACUCCGCACAGCACUCACUGUACAUAUAAACAAGCAUGCUAAAAACUCAAAAAUCACGCAUUUGGUAACUCAAGUCUGGGUUAAUAUUCUUGUAUUGCAUUUCUUACGACUAGUCUGCGUGGAACAUCAAGCCGAAUGGAAGGAUACUUAUUUAAGAUCUUACAGAUGGUUAUGGGGACAAUUCAAAAGCAGAGAAUCAAUUGAACAAGAAGCAUUUAACAUUGUCAGAUCAUAUGUGAAAGAGCGAUAUAGCGUUAAAGAAGAUGCCUUUGAAUUGGAUUCUCAAUUUAUGACGAUUAUUUCCGAAGAGAUCAAUUCCAUUAGGAAAGGUUCCCGAGAAAUUACAUUCGGGGGUGGAAUCGUUCCUGCCAAAACCCUUUACGGUAUUGCACGUAUUAACAUUAUCAAAGCAAAGAAUCUCAUGCAAGCCGACUCUUGGUUUGGUGGUGGUGCCUCUGAUCCUUAUAUGAAAAUCUCAAGUGUAUCUACUGGUUAUGAAUACGGCGAAACUCGUGUUAUUUACAAUACUAUCAAUCCAGAGUGGCAGCAAGUGUUUUACAUUCCAAUUUAUGAUCUUAAUGAUAAAUUCAAGUUGCAAGUUUACGAUUAUAAUGCUUUCUUCAAGCAUGUACUUUUGGGAUAUUAUGUUCUCGAUCUCAAAGACUUUAUUAAGCUUUUGGGUAAUGGAACCAUUGAAGGAAAGCAUUUAGAACUUGAAUCCACUUUGUCAAUAAAAGGAUCUAGUAAAGGAAAGCUUAAUUUUACCGCCGAUUUUAAUCCCUUUUCCCAAAACGAGACCGAUUUAUUUACAACCACCACUAUAUCGAAAACUACCAUUACAAUUCGUCACUUAUAUCUUUUGAUGACAUAUCAACGUCAAGAUGGUUGUUUCGAAUUAAAUGAAAAUGUUGCAAGCUUGUUUAACUUUUCUUCCAAGGAUGAGUUAAUAAAAGCAUUUACCACUUACGUACAAAAGGACGAACUUGUGAAAGGUCUUCAUGUUGAUGUUUGGAGUUCUGCAUUAAUUACAGCAUUAUUUAAAGCUUUAUUCUGGGCUCAUCGACGAGAGUGGAAUACAGUUGACCAAAAAACUGAAACUUACUUGAGCGAAACUGUCACCGAUCUUGAAACUGAAGAACGAUUAUAUAAUUUGGCUAAUAAAUUUGUCGUUGAACACUUUAAAAUCUCUGAUUGGGAAAGUGAAGAGCAAAAAAGGAGUCUCGGUUUAAGUCUCCAACCAAAGAAAACGAUUAACACUCGUCGUAAUAUUAAUGUACGUCAAGUACGUCGUUAUAUCAGCUUUCAAAAAGACACGGGCUGUUUCGAACUUACCGAUCAUAUGUCCGAAUCUCUUGGAUUCAGUUCAGCUGAGGAGGCGAAGAAAAUCUUCGAAACACAUUUCGCUAGUUAUGCAAAAGCUUCAAAACUUGAUGCCAACGUGUAUAUUUCAGCUGUCAUGAUUUGGCAUAUGAGAUACGUGAUGGUUGAUUUCAGAGGCGAAUGGGCUGAUAAAUAUAAGAAGACAGCUUUGUGGGUAAGUGAACAAGUGAAAGACGAACAAGUUGAAAAAGAAGUUCUUGAGGCUGCAAAGAUUUUCGUCAUGAAGAGGUUCGAAGUUGACGCGGAAUCAAUAGAAGAAGAUGAAUCCUUCGAGGAUUCCUUGAAAUUUAAACCUCAACCCGUUUCACACGACGAUGCAGCUGAAAACGACGACGAUUUUAUCGCAGGAGAUCAAGUCAUUGGUCUCCUCAGAAUCAGAAUCAAAAGCGCCAAGGAUCUUCCAAAUCAAAGUUGGUUUGGAACGAAACCGGAUCCUUAUGUUAAAAUUCUUGAUGCUUCUUCAAAAGAAAUCAUUCGAACUCGAACAAAUCAUGAUACACUUGCCCCUGUUUGGGAGGAAAUUCAUUACGUAUCAAUUCAUGGCCCUGGUGAAAAAAUCACCUUUGAGAUUAUGGACGAAAAUUUAUUCAUUUCUGACAAAACUCUUGGUUCUUAUGUUCUUGACACUGAAAAGUUGAUUGGUAGAAAUGAAGAUGGUUCUUUCACUGCCGGUGAUCUUGUAGAACAAUGGUUCUCGCUUCAAAUUGGAAAAAUUUUUAAAGGAGAGUUGAACAUGGAAGUCCAAUUCUUUUCCACCUCUUUUAACUUGGAAGAGAGCUUUAUCUUCAAACGAGAAACCAUCGAUCUUAAACACCUUUACAUUCUCUUCAGCUGGAGACUUACGAGCGGUUCUUUUGAAUUUUCUGACAACUUGUCUCGUUUCUUUAAUUGUAAAUCCGAGGAAGAGUUAAGGAGCGCCUUCAAGAAAUUCACCAUUGCUGAAGAACGAUUGCAAACGUUAAGCCAAUCUGUCCUUAGUACUGCAUUAGUGAUCACAUAUUUGAAACUAUUAUGUUGGAAACAUCGUCAAGAGUGGACAAAGAUUAUUGCAAAUAGUGAAGAAUGGUUGAGUUUAGAAAUCGAUGAUAUUGAACUUGAGGACAAAUUAUAUGGCGCUUGUGAAAGAUUCAUCACCGAAAGGUUCCAAAUUAAAGAAUAUGAGGAUCAACAGCAAAAAUGUUUAGUUACAAGAGAUAAACGAGAAAUAAUUACACGUAAAUCAAUUACUUCUCGAAAAGUUCGUUAUAUUCUCAAUUAUCAAACCAAAGCUGGUUCUGUUCCCCUUAACAAUAAGACUACCGAAUUCUUUGGAUUUGAAAGCACUGAAGAGUUCACAAAAGAACUUCAAACCCAUUUCCAUAGCGAAAGUGUCAAAAAAGUUCACCAGGAUGUUUGGGUUACCGCUUCUACAAUUUGGUUCCUACGUUAUGUAGCCGUAGACUUUCGACAAAAUUGGGUCAAGGUUUAUGAUCAAGCAUCCGAAUAUUUAAGAGUUCAAUGUAAUGGUGACUCAAAAUUGGAACAAGAAAUUUUAGAAAGUGCCAGGAACUUUAUUAUCAAACGACAUCAAGUUGAUAAAACAUCAAUUGAAGAUGAUAAUAGUUUCGCUUCGGCCGUUGAGAACAAACAAAAGGCAAUUCAGCGAGAUGAAGUUGAACAGAAGAGACAAGAGCUUAUUAGAUUAAAUAAGAGAAGAGUUUCUUAUCGAGAAGUAAAACAAACCGUUACAGUUGAUUCUGUCAAGAGAUAUCUUUCUCAUUGCAAAGAAGAAGGAGGUUUUAUUUAUAAUGAUGAUGUCGUUGAGCUUUUGAAUUUCACGGAUAGCAAGUCCUUCGAGACUUCGAUUCAGAGUCACUUCGUAUCUGAACGUACUUCGAAACUUGACAAAAAUAUCAUCACAACUGCCAUAUCGCUUUAUUACCUUCGUUUGGUGGCCUACGAACAUCGUACCGAAUGGAAAUCAUCAUAUGAGAAGUCGUCUGCAUGGUUAAAACAACAAGUGAAUAAUGAAGAAGUUGAGCGAGAGUUAACUGAUAUUGCAAAGGAAUUCGUCAUUAGUACUUACAAAGUAAAACCUGAUACGAUCGAAGCGGACAUGAAGGAAUACCCAAAACCAGUUGUGCCAACAAAGGUAAAAGAACCAACGAUCAAACCAGUCACGGUACAAGUCACACAACCUAAGUCCAUCGUAACGGAAGCUGUUGAAAAAAGCACCUACACAGUUGAGCAAAAACGUGUAGCUCUUGUUUCCGUUCAAUCAUCUACUACAGUUGAAAAGACCAAGUCAAUCAUUUCUUAUCAACAUACAGAAGGAUACUUCAAAUUAAGUGAGGUUGUUUCCAAGAAACUUGAGAUCUCCGAGGAGUCCUCGAUUAAAUUGAUUCAAUCUUAUACCACCGAUGAGUCAAUCAAACAGUUAACGACCAAGGCCGAAAUUGUUUCGACCGCUUUGACGAUCAGUUAUCUGCAGACGUGUGCUAAUCAACAUGAGACCCACUGGAAGGUUCAAUAUGAAAAGGCAAGGAAAUACCUGAAAGAACAAAUCAAAGAUGUUGAGAAAGAAGAACAAAUCUUGGCCAUAAGCAAAAAAUUGGUAGUAGAAAGAGCGACUCAAAAGGUUAUCCGAAAACAACAACGUUCCACUUUGGCUUCCAUUCAAACUUCCACAACAAUCGAAAAGACAAAAUCUAUCCUAUCCUCAUUCAAAUCGAAUCAUUUCGAAUGGAACCAAACCAUUUCAAAGAAACUUGAUGUUUCCAAUAACAAUUUUGUUUCUACUUGUGAAUCAUAUGCCACGUCUAAUAAACUCAAAGAUACGAUCACGACGAAAACCUCCGUGUGGCAAACCGCAAUUCAACUCCAUUACCUUAAACUUUCAGCCUCUCAACAUGAUAUUCAAUGGAAGGCUCAAUAUGAAACCGCAAGGAAAUGGAUAAGCAGUCAGAUCAAAGAUGCCAAAUUAGAAGAAGAAUUAAUGGAAGCUUCCUAUAAGCUAUGCGUGGAAAAAGCUACGCAAAAGGUUGUCGUCAAAAAGAAACGUGCCGCCUUAUUACACAUUCAAUCAAAGACCACAGUUGACACAGCAAAGGCCAUUUGCUCAAAACAAACACAAGAAGGCGCUUUUGAAUUAAGUGAAGAAGUUAGCAAACGUAUCGAUGUAUCUUCAUCGGAAUCGUUACUGACCACCAUCAAGUCUUAUGACGUCAGCGAAAAGGUCAAGAAGAUAACCAAUGCUAAAAUCAUUGAAUGCGCGACCGUACUUGCAUAUCUCAAGACCACGGCUUCCACACAUGAAUCUCAUUAUAAAUCAAAAUACGAAAAUGCAAAGAAAUGGCUUACCAGUCAAUGUAAUGACGAGGAACUAGAGAAGGAAGUUUUAUCGGUCUGUAGUACAUUAGUGAUGGAAAAGACUUCUGAAACCGCUGUUCGUAAACAAAAGCAAAAGGAAAAGAGGAUCGCAAUAUCCCAUAUCCAAUCCAAAACCGAUGUUACGACCACGAAAAAGAUCAUCAAAGUACAAAAACAAGAUGGUUCCUUUAGCCUCUCUAAUGAAAUUAGCCAACAACUUGAUCUUGUUUCUACCUCCACACAAAACAUUGUUUCUUCCUUUAAAUCAUAUGUCGUUAGCGAACGCGUCAAAACCGCGUCCGUCGUCAAUGAUACCGUUAUCUCCACUGCUCUAACAUGUUCCUAUUUGAGUACUGUCGCCAGUGCUCAUAAAGAAACUUGGAAGGUUGAAUAUGAACGUGCGAGGAAGUACUUGAGAGAACAGAUUAAGGACGUUGAGCUUGAAGAAGAAAUACUGAGAUCAUGCUCGAAACUCAUUAUUGAUAGAAGCCGUUCAAAGGUCAUUUACAAACAAAAGAAGAAGGAAAAGCGAACCGCCUUGUUGCACGUCCAGUCAAAGACAACAGCGGAACAUGCCCAAUCCAUCGUUUCAACACAAAAAGAUACCGGUAGCCUUGAAUUAAGUGAGGUAAUCACCAAGAAUUGUGGCAUCUCAAAUGAAUCCGUCCUCACCUCUGUGAAAACAUAUUCCACCACUGAAAGUUUGAAGAAGGUGACGAAUGUUGAUAUCUGGAAGACGGCGAUUUCAUUAAAUUACCUUGAAAAUUAUUGUACCGCUCACGAAUCUACUUGGAAAGUUCAAUAUAAGAAGGCCAGAGAGUACUUGAGCAUUCAAAUUAAAGAUAAGAAGAUGGAAGAAGAGUUAUUAGAAGCUGCAAAGAAAGUUGUAAUUCAUAAAACCACCACAAACGUUGUUCGCAAGCAAGUCAAAAAAGAAAAGAGAUUAGCCUUGACUAAGGUUCAAUCCAAAACGACUGUAAGUACGGCCAAAGAAAGUGUGUCCACCCAAAAACAAGAUGGAUCAAUUGAACUCAGUGAAACCCUCAGCAAGAAUGUCGAUGUCUCAAAGGAAUCGUUGACCAGUGUCGUUCACUCAUACGCUGUUAGCGAAAAAGUAAAGAAGGUUAAAGAUGAUACAAUCAUUUCAACAGCAUUAGCGAUCAGUUAUCUCAAAACUACAGCAUCCGCUCACGAGAAACACUGGAAGGUUGAGUACGAAAAGGCAAGAAAGUAUCUAAGUGAAAAAGUUAAGGAUGCUAAAUUAGAAGAAGAAAUUUUGAAGUCGUGUGAAAAAUUAGUUGUUCAUAAAACAACGCACAAAGCAAUCAUUAAAGAUAAAUUAAAGAAGAAACAAGAAGCCUUGACUUAUCUCAAUAAUAAGACUUCAGCCGCGACCGUAAUUAGCAUUGUAUCAACCCAAAAAUCUGACGGUUCAAUUGAAUUGAGCAAAGAUCUUAGCAAGCAUCUUGAAGUUUCAUCCUCCGAAACUCUCGUUACUUCCAUUAAAUCAUUUGCAGUUAGUGAAAAAUUAAAGAAACUUACUCAAGUUCAAAAUAAAAAAUUGAUUGAAUCCGCCGUCACCAUCAGCUACUUGCAGAGCACAGCUUCCUCACAAGAACAACACUGGAAAGUUCAAUAUGAGAAAGCCAGAAAAUACCUUCGCAAAGAAAUCAAGGACACAGAAUUAGAAGAAGAACUCUUGAAAGCUUGUAAGAAAUUUGUUGUACAAAAAAGCACUACUGUUGUAGUCCAAAAACAAAAAGUAAAACAAAAGAGAAUCGCCUUGACUAUCGCUCAAUCGAAGACUACAGAAGAAACUGUCAAGAAAGUUGUUACAACUCAAAAAUCAGACGGGUCAUUUGAAUUGAGUGAUGAAGUAAGCAAGCAACUCGACGUUUCAUCAACGAGCACUUUAGUUAAUACUUGUCGCGCUUUUGCAACGAACGAGCGUGUCAAGAAUAAAGUUAAAGAUGAUUCAGUUUGGACAACUGCAGUCACAAUUAAUUAUCUAAAACACAACGCUUUAACCUAUGGAUCAACCUGGAAAGUGCAAUAUGAAGAUGCCAGAAAGUAUCUCAGCAAAAAAGUUGGUGACGCCGAUUUGGAAGAGGAGAUCUUGAAAACGACCAAGAAGGUAGUUGUGGAAAAGACCACCUAUAAAGUUACAAAAGAACAAAAGAAGGAGGAGAAGCAAGCCGCAUUGUCUAUCGUUCGAUCAAAAACCGAUGUCAAGUCCAUUAAAGUUGUUAAAGAAUCGCAAAAGAGUGAUGGAUCAUUCACACUUGUUGAUACCAUCGCUCAACGUCUUGACAUUUCUUCCAAAGAAACUCUAAAUAAUUCUUUGAUAAUUUAUACCACCAAUGAAACCUUGAAGAAAUACAUCAAAGAGAAGAAGCUUAAUGAUGAUGUUAUUUCAACCGCGGUCACUAUUUCCUACCUAAAAGUUAGCGGUUCAACUGACGAGUCAACGGUAGAAUACAAGAAAGCUAGAGAGUAUCUCAAGAAACAAAUUAAUGACAGCGCUAUUGAGGAAGAAGUUUUGAAAGUCACUUCGAAACUCGUCGUUGAUAAAUCUACAAAGAAAGUUAUCUCUAAGCAGAAGAAAGCCGAGAAGCGUCAAGCAAUUUCUGACAUUCAAAAAAGCUGUUCGCCCGAUAAAGCCCAAUCCAUCAUUUCUAAACAAAAGAGUGAUGGAUCAAUUGAAUUAAGCGAUACAGUCAGUAAGGAUCUAAAUAUCAACAAGGAAAAUUUGAAGACCACCGUUAGUACCAUAACUACAAAUGAAAAAGUCAAGAAUGCUUCGGAAUCAGCUUGGACUACCGCGUUAAGUUUAAAUUAUCUGAAAAUUAAUUCUGGUUCGCUUGAAGUUAAGGAAAAGUAUGAUCAAGCGAAGAAUUAUCUCAAAGUACAACUCGGAAACGAUGAGAAAGCUGCGGAUGAGAUGUUGAAAGCAGCGGACAAAUUGGUAAAAGAAAAAAUCGUGGUUAAGCAAGUUGAAGAGAAGAAGCAAGUAGUAAAGCAAAAGGCUUUGUUAGCUAUUCAAACAAAGACCACCGAAGAAACCAUUAAAACCGUCGUUUCAACUCAAGAAAAAGAUGGUUCUUUUGGAUUAAAUGAUGUAGUUUGUAAGCAUCUUGACAUUCCUUCAGGAGCUCUUGUUACAACGGCAAAGAAAUACGUGACAAGCGACAAAUUAAAAAAGAUUGACAAUCCCAAACUAUUCAGCACGGCCAUUACUAUCACCUAUUUAGAAAAUACAUCAUCUGCUCGCGAUAGUAAUUGGAAGGAAAAGUAUAAUCAGGCUCGAGAAUAUCUCUCAAAGCAAAUCAAGGAUGCGGAUUUAGAAGAGGAAUUGAUUAGGGCAUCCCAAACAUUGAUCGUUGAAUCAUCUACAAAUGUUGUCCGCAAACAGGAACGACAGGAAAAGAAGGAUUUAAAGGCAGCGGCGCUGAUUUCUCUUCAAUCAAAGAACACUGUUGAAGAUACAAAGAAAGUUUUAAUCGAUCAAAAAUCAGACGGUUCCUUCCAAUUGAGUAAGGUCAUCACGGAAAAGAUUGGCGUUUCUAACGAAAACCUUAAUGACACCGUUAAAUCAUACGUUAAAAGUGAGAAACUUAAAUCAAAAGAGAGUGACAAAUGGUGGAAUACGGCUCUUUCGAUUCAAUAUUUGAAAAAGACAGGCGAUCAACAUAAAACUGAAUGGGCUAAUAAGUAUGAAAAGGCGAAAAAAUAUCUGAUUAAUGAAGUUAAAGACGAAAAAUUAGUGGAAGAAUUAUUAACUGCCUCAGAAAAGAUCAUCGUAGAAAAGGGCACAGAGAAAGUAAUCACUGACGAGAAAAAGGCUGUGUCCGGUGCUAUUAAAAACUCUACUUCAACUGAGAAGGUCCACGAAAUUAUAUCAAAUCAAAAAGUCGAUGGAUCCUUAGAAUUAACCGAGACUGUCACUAAAGAACUUGAUGCCGAAUCUAUCGAAUCACUUGCUUCCACUGUAAAAUCUUACUUCACUAAUAAAGAUAUCAAAUUACCCGAAAACGAUUCAAUCAUUAAAACUGCCAUGACCUUAUCUUUCCUCCGAAAAACGUCAUCCGCGGAUUCAUCACCAGAAGUAAAACAGAAAUACGAAAAGGCGAAGCAAUAUUUAAGCACUCAAAUAAAAGACGAGAAAGUGGAAAAAGAAUUAUUAGAAAAGACCGAUCAAAUUGUUGUUGAUCAUGCAACGAAGAAAGUAGUUAAAGAAAAGGCCCACAAAGUAGUCUUCGAAAAGGUGCAAGAAACCGUAACCGUAGAAGAGGUCGAUAAAGUUACCAAAACUCAAAAUAAUGAUGGUUCGUAUGAAAUUUCCGAAAAAAUUACCGAAGACCUUGAGAUAACCACAACAAAAGACAUUGUAUCCUCAAUUCGUGUCACUGAUGAACGCGUCAAGAAAUUGGACAUUAAAACUUGGAACACGUUCAUAACAUUGGCUUACUGCAAUAAGGUAUUAAGUGGACACGAAUCGAAAUGGAAAGUUCAAAACGAAAAGGCUCGUGAGUGGUUACACAACCAAAUCAAGGACGAAAAAUUAGAAAAAGAAAUCUUGGAAUCAUGCGAAAAGGUUGUGGUUGAAAAGGUCUCUAAGAAAACAAUUAAACAAACGUCUGAUAAGAAAAGAGAUCAGAAAGUACAAUCACGAGGUUGGGGUCUUGGUGACGUCUUUGGUACCAUUUCUCGAUCAAUCACAACUGGUGUCGACUCCAUCUAUCAAAGCAUUGAUUAUUCUACUCGCGAUGAAACCGAAGAAGAAAAGGUAAAACGAAUUGUCGUUGAAAAACAACAAGCCGCUAUCGUUGCAGUUCAAACGUCCACAACCCUUGAGAAAACUACAACCAUUGUAUCUACUCAAAAAGAAGACGGUCGUUUUGAAUUAAGCGAUGUUAUCCGAAAGAAGCUUGAUAUAGCAUCCAAAGAGACUUUGAUCACUUCAAUUCAAUCAAAAACAGAGAGCGAAUCAAUCAAACAAAUUUCGAAUUCUGCUUGGUUCUCAACGGCCCUGACAAUUUGUUACCUAAAAACAGCAGCACCUCAACAUAAACCACAUUGGAAUAUUCAAUAUGAACGUGCAAGAAAAUAUUUGAAGGAGCAAAUCAAGGAUGAAAAGUUAGAAGAGGAGCUUUUAGCAGUUUGUUCCAAGUAUGUCGUCACUAAAGCCACAGAAAAUGUUGAAAAGAAGCAAACAAGAAAGACCAUUACUGUUAUACAAUCUUCAACCACUUUGGAAAAAACCAAAACUAUCGUCUCCUCUCAGAAAGAGGAUGGAUCAAUCCCAUUGAGUAGUGUAAUCACCAAGAAGCUUGACAUUGAAUCCGACAAAUUAGUUUCUACGAUCAAUUCAACUUGUGACGUUAGUGACAAACUUAAGAACGUUGCUGAUGAAAGCAUAUAUAGCACUGCUGUUUCGCUAAACUAUCUUAAGAUCGCGGCAAAUAAAUACGAAGGUGAAUGGAGAACAAAAUAUGAAGAAUCGAAGAAAUACCUUAGCAAAAAACUUAAUAGCGUCGAAUUGGAGGAAGAACUCUCAAAUGUGACCAACAAAUUUGUUAUCAAGAAGGCAUCAGAAAAAGUGAUUCGCAAAGAAAAACAAACCGCCCUUGUUCAUGUACAAACGAAGACGACUCCUCAAUCUGCCAUAGUUGUUUGUAAAACACAAAAACAAGACGGUUCAUUUGAUAUUAGCGAAACCAUUACCAAGAGUAUUGAUGUUACGUCGGAAACUGUAACUUCCUCCGUUCAACCUUACAUCGUUAACGAAAAACUCAAAAAAGUUGAUAGCAAAUUAAUCUCUACAGCAAUAACCUUAAGCUAUCUCAAAACAACUGCCACCGCUCAUGAAAAAACGUGGAGAAUCGGAUAUGAAAAGGCCAGAGAAUACCUUCACAAAGAACUCAACAACGAAGAAUUGGAAAGCGAGUUGCUUCGUUCUUGCGAAAAAUAUGUUUAUGAUAAGACCACGGAAAAGGUUUCUCGCAAAGAAAAACAAAAAGUAAAACGAGUCGCUUUGGCCAAGAUUCAAUCAAAGACUUCCGUCGAAACUACACAGGCUGUUGUUUCAUCCCAAAAAUCCGAUGGAUCAUUCGAGCUCAACAAGACGGUUUCCGACCAACUUGAUAUUACCGACUCAUCAAAUUCUUUAAUUACAACCGUCAAGACUUACGCUGUAAGUGAAGAAUUAAAGAAACACGUGGACAAGAAAGAUUUGUGGUCUACUGCAUUGACGAUUAACUACCUCAAAACUUCGGCUUCGGCUCACGAAGACACAUGGAAGGCACAAUACGAAAAGGCAAGGAAAUAUCUCUCUGAACAAGUCAAAGAUGAAAAGGUGGUAGAAGAAAUCUUGAAAACGAGUGAAAAGAUUUUAGUUGAGAAGACCACCGCCAAAGUUUCUCUAAAGGAAAAACAAAAGAAAAAACGUGUUGCUUUACUUGCCGUACAAUCAAAGACGGAUGUCAAGACCAUAAAGAAGGUUACCAGCACCCAAAAACAAGAUGGGUCUUUUGAUUUGUCCGAAGACGUCUGCAAACAAGUUGAUGUAACAAAGGAAACCUUAGUUACUACCGUCAAAAACUACGCCGUCAGCGAAUCUCUACAAAAAACCAUCUCCAACCACCAUUGGUGGUCAACAGCCUUGACAUUAAGUUACCUAAAAACCUCCGCCUCAGCACAUGAAGAAACUUGGAGAGUGGAAUAUGAGAAGGCGAGAAAAUACCUUCAUGAACAAAUUAAUGAUGACAAAUUAGAAGAGGAGAUUCUUAAAACUUGUUCAAAGAUUGUGGUACAAAAAACCACCGAAAAGGUUGCUAUUAAGCAAAAACAAAAAGAGAAACGUGAUGCGAUUACUGAAGCACAAUUAUCCACCACAGCUGAGACCACACAAGCCAUUAUCACCAAACAGAAAACGGAUGGUUCAUUCGAAUUAAGUAAAGAAGUUUCAGAUAAAUUGGAUGUGUCUUCUGAAAACACCUUGGUAUCCAACAUUCAAAAGUAUACCACCAAUGAAAAAUUAAAGAAGAAUUCAGAUUCUUCGAUUUGGUCUACGGCCGCAACACUAAGUUUCCUGAAAAACAACGCAACCGCCUAUCAAGGACAAUGGAAAGAUAAGUACGAUCAAGCUAGAAAGUAUCUUAGUGAGAAAGUAGGUGACGAAAAGUUAGAAGAAGAAAUCAUUAGAACGUCGGAUAAAUUCAUCAAUGAAGAAACGACCAAAACCGUCAUUUCAACUCACGACGAAAAAGAUGGAUCAUUUGGGUUAAGUGAAGUAGUUUGCAAAGAUCUUGACGUCUCUUCAGGAACCCUUAUAACAACAGCAAAGAAAUAUGUAACGAGUGAAAAAUUGAAAAAGAUUGAAAAUCCUAAAGUUUUUAAUACCGCCUUUACUAUUGCCUAUCUUCAAACUACAUCACCUGCUCAUGAAAGCCAGUGGAAGGAGAAAUACGAAAAAGCUAGAAAAUAUAUCAAGGAACAAAUUAAUGACGAGACUUUGGAAGAAGAAUUAUUGAAAGCAUCUCAAAAAUUAGUCGUCGCAAAAACAACUAGUAAAGUAAUUCGGGAAGAAAAGAAGAAUGAGAAGGCUGCAGCGCUUGUGGUCCUCCAAUCAAAGACCACCGUUGAUACCGUCAAAGAUGUUGUUUCAGCUCAAAAAAGCGACGGAUCUAUCAAAUUAAACAAGGUCGUGUCCGAACAAAUUGACGUUUCAUCCGAUAAUAUUACAUCAUCAGUUCAAACUUAUGCAGUAAGUGAUAAACUAAAGAAACUUCCUCAGGAUAUAUGGGAAACGGCGAUUAGCUUAAGCUUUUUAGGAACUUCUGGAUCUCAACAUCAAGAUCAAGUCAAAGAACAGCAAGACAAAGCAAGAAAGUAUAUAAGUCAACAACUUAAAAAUGAAAAAUUAGAGAGAGAAUUAUUAGACGCAUCAACGAAAUUUGUCGUGGAGAAGAGUACCAAAAAAGUAGUUAACGAAGAAAAGAAAGCAGCCGUCACCGCUAUUAAAAGUUGCACUUCGCCGGAAACUGUUAAAGUAGUUGUAUCUAAUCAAAAAGAGGAUGGAUCAUUUACUCUUGAUGAUAAAGUUGUUAAAGACCUUGAAGCUACUUCUUCAAAAUCUCUAGCUUCUUCAGUUCAAACUUAUUUCAGUGACAAAAAAUUAAAAUCACCAGAGAGCCAAUCAUUGAUUAAUACUGCAUUAACAUUAUCAUUCCUCAAAAAGACCGCCCCAUCUUCAGAAGCUGAUCAUAAAGAAAGUUACGAAAAAGCAAGAAAAUAUUUAAGCACCCAGUUAGGUGAUGAAAAAUUAGAAAAGCAAUUAUUGGAAACAACUGAUAAAUUUGUUGUUGAACAGGCAACUAAAAAAGUUGUCAAAGAAAAAGCCAAUCAAGCGGUCGUAAACAAAGUGCAAGAAUCCGUUACCGUAGAAGAGGUCGAUAAGGUUACCAAAACUCAAAAUAAUGAUGGUUCGUUUGAAAUUUCCGAAAAAAUUAUCGAAGACCUUGAGAUAACCACAACAAAAGACAUUGUUUCCUCAAUUCGUGUCACUGAUGAGCGAGUCAAUAAAUUGAACAUUAAAACUUGGAACACGUUCAUAACAUUGGCUUACUGCAAUAAGGUAUUAGUUAAACACGAUUCGAGAUGGAAGGUUCAAAACGAAAAGGCUCGUGAGUGGUUACACGACAAAAUCAAGGACGAAAAAUUAGAAAAAGAAAUCUUGGAAUCAUGCGAAAAGGUCGUGGUAGAAAAGAUUUCUAAAAAAACAAUUAAACAAAAGUCUGACGAGAAAAAGCAACAAAAAGAAAAGGAGAAGUCAAGCUGGAGUUCGAUUUGGGAAGGCGUUUCAAGUGUUGGAUCCACAGCCACUAAUGUAAUCCAAAGCGGUUACGAUAAAAUCGGGAGCGUAGCAUUCUCUUCUGGUCCCGAUUCUGUCUAUCACGGUUAUGAAAUUAUCACCCUUCAGUCUAAGAUCACUCCCGAAACCACCCAAAAGAUCGUUUCAACUCAACAAACCGAUGGUUCGAUUAAAUUGAACGAACAUGUAACCAAACAACUUGAUAUAUCUUCUGACAACUUAAAAACGACAGUCCAGAAUUAUGGCAUCAGCGAACAAUUAAAAAAUGUCUCUCAUAACGCAUGGGAAACAGCUUUAAAUCUCAGAUAUUUGACUAUUGCUUCAAAACUUCAACCCGAAAAAUACAAAUUACAAUCUGAGAAAGCCAAACAGUACCUUAUUAAGGAACUUAAAGAUGAAAAGUUAGUAAAUGAGCUAUUAACCACUUCGGAUAAGAUUAUCAUAGAUCAAAGCGUUCAGAAAGAGAAGAAAGAUGCCGUUGCAACCGUUCAACAAUCUACUUCAACUGAGAAGGUCCACGAAAUUGUAUCGAAACAAAAAGAUGAUGGAUCUCUACAAUUAACCGAGGAGGUUUCUAAGGAGCUCGAAACUGAAUCUAAUGAAUCAUUGGUAUCCUCCGUCAAAUCUUACUUCACCACUAAAGGUAUCAAAUUACCGGAAAACAAGUCAAUCAUUGAAACUGCCAUGACCUUAUCUUUCCUCCGAAAAACAUCAUCCGCGGAUUCAUCACCAGAAGUAAAACAGAAAUACGAAAAGGCGGAGAAAUAUUUGAAAUCCCAAUUAGGAGGUGACGAGAAGGUGAAAGAAUUAUUAGUAAAGACCGAUCAAGUUGUUGUUGAUCAUGCAACAAAGAAAGUAGUUAAAGAAAAAGCCAACAAAGUAAUCUUCGAAAAGGUUCAAGAAACCGUAACCGUAGAAGAGGUCGAUGAAGUUACCAAAACUCAAAAUAAUGAUGGUUCGUUUGAAAUUUCCGAAAAAAUUACCAAAAACCUUGGUAUAACCACAACUAAAGACAUUAUAUCUUCAAUUCGUGUCACUGAUGAACGCGUCAAGAAAUUGGACAUUAAAACUUGGAACACGUUCAUAACAUUGGCAUACUGCAAUAAGGUACUAAGUGGACACGAAUCGAAAUGGAAAGUUCAAAACGAAAAGGCUCGUGAGUGGUUACACAAACAAAUAAAGGACGAAAAAUUAGAAAAAGUAAUCUUGGAAUCAUGCGAAAAGGUUGUGGUCGAAAAGGUUUCCCAUGAGAAAAAACAAUCAUCAUCUUGGUUCGGAUGGACUGCGCCUAUUGCUUCUUCGGUUGGCGAUUAUCUUGGUAGCACCACUAAAUCUAUCGCCACAGCUGUUGAUGAUGCCGUAGACAGCACUACCAAGACCAUCACAGAGGGUGCGACUCAUGCGGUGAGAUCUGUUGAAAACACUGCAGCACUCCUAACCCUUAAAUCCAAGACCACUCCCGAAACCACCAAAAAGAUCGUUUCAACUCAAAAACCCGAUGGCUCUAUUAAAUUGGACAAACAUGUAUCUGAGCACAUUGAUAUCUCAUCUGAUACCAUUCAAAAGACGGUUCAAUCUCACGACAUUAGUGACAAAUUAAAGAAUAUCUCACAAAGUGCAUGGGAAACGGCCUUGUCAAUCCGCUACCUAACUAUUUCGUCAACAACAGAUCAAGUCGAGAAAAUCAAGGAAAAUUCGGAGAAAGCCAGACAGUACCUUAUUAAGGAACUUAAAGAUGAAAA